AUGGUAUUCAGCGUAGGUGACGGCGGUAGAUCGUGGCUGCCGCUGGGAAAGAUGCCGGCGGCGGCGAGUUUCGUGAAGCAGGUGGCGGCGGGGCGAUGGUUCAUGAUGUUCGCGUGCAUGGUGAUCAUGUCGGCGUCGGGUGGCACCAACAUCUUCAGCGUCUACUCCGGCGCGCUCAAGUUGUCGCUGGGCUACGACCAACGGACGCUCAACACGCUCUCCUUCUUCAAGGAGCUCGGCGCCAACGCCGGCAUCAUCUCCGGCCUCGUCAGCGAGGUGGCGCCGCCGUCGGUCGUCCUCGCCACGGGCGCCUGCAUGAGCCUCGCGGGGUACCUCGUCGUCUACCUCGCCGUCGUCGGCCGUGUCGGGCGCCCGCCGCUCUGGUUCAUGUGCGCCUGCAUCUUCGCCGGGGCCGACUCGCAGGCCUUCGCCAACACCGCCGCGCUCGUCACCUGCGUCAAGAGCUUCCCGGAGAGCCGCGGCGUCGUCGUCGGUCUCCUCAAGGGGCUGGCCGGCCUCAGCGGCGCCAUCCUGCCGCAGCUCUACCUCGCGAUCUACGGCGGCGGCCACAGCGCCAAGUCGCUCGUGCUGCUCAUCGCCUGGCUCCCCGCCGCCAUCUCCCUCGUGUUCCUACGCACCGUCCGCGUCAUGCCGCACCGGCCGAAUCCGACCGGCCGAGGCACCUCCGCCGUGACCAGCAACGCCCCUGUCUUCUCCUUCCUCUACAUCUCCAUCGCCGUUGCCUUGUACCUCCUCGUCAUGAUCAUUCUCCAGAAAACGAUCAACUUCUCACACGCCGCCUACGCCGCGACGGCCACAGUGCUCUUCCUCCUCCUCCUCCUCCUCCCCCUCGCCGUCGUCAUCAAGCAGGAGUACAGAAUCCGGAAGGAGCAUAACGUCCAAGGCCAAGAGACUCUCCGCGAGCGGCCGCCGCCAGCCGUCGUCGAGACACCAGCACCGGCGACGAGCACCGGUGCACCGCAAGACGUGCCGACAGUGCCACAGAGGCCGUCGGCGAAGUCGUCAUGCGGCGUCGGUUUGUGCCUGAAGCGCAUGUUCAAUCCGCCGCCGUACGGAGAAGACUACACCAUCCUGCAGGCAGCGGCGAGCGUCGACAUGCUGGUGCUGUUCGUGUGCGUCAUCUGCGGCGCCGGUGGGUCGCUGACGGCGAUCGACAACAUGGGGCAGAUCAGCCAGUCGCUGGGGUACUCGACGAGGAGCGUCACCACCUUCGCCUCCCUCAUCAACAUCUGGAUGUUCGCCGGCCGCGCCGGCGUCGGGUCUCUGUCGGAGCUCGUCCUGGCUAGGUACAAUUUCCCGCGUCCGCUGAUGCUCACCCUGGUGCUCGUCGUCUCUUGCGUCGGCUACCUCCUCAUCGCCCUCGCCGUGCCACACGGCCUGUACGCGGCGUCCGCCAUCGUCGGCUUCAGCUUCGGUGGACUGUACACUCUCCUCUUCUCCAUCGUCUCCGAGGUGUUCGGGCUCAAGUACUACGCCACGCUCUACAACCUGGGCAUGGUGGCGAGCCCCGUCGGCUCCUACCUAUUCAAUGUACGCGUCGCCGGCUCGUUGUACGACGCCGAGGCGGCCAGGCAGCGUGGCGGCGCCGGCGGCGACCAGGCGUGCGCCGGCGCGCGGUGCUUUAGGGCCUCGUUCCUAACCGUGACGGCGGCGACGUUCUUCGCCGCGCUCGUGUCGCUGGUGCUGGUGUGGAGGACGAAGAGGUUCUACAAGGGGGACAUCUACACGAGGUUCAAAGCAGCGCCGGUGGCGGAAGGGCGCCUCGGCGAGGUGACGGCGGAGGAGGCGCCGGCGACGAUUAAUGGGACGGAGCUACAUGCUUCGGCUUGA